AGAGAAUAUGUAUUGACAGUGGCUCGGCUGACAUUCGAAGUUGGUGUGCAACGAAGAAGUAUGUAAGGUGAAAAGACAUUAGGCAUUUUAAAAAUAACUACGCAGUGUGUCGGAGUGGAUGUCACGUCGUCUAGUUCGUACAUCUUCGUAGUGUAUAUUUUAAAGAAAAUCGUGAAAAUUUCUUAACAAAUAGAUCAAUUUAAUAUCGUGUAACGAAAAAGAUGAAUCGUGGAUGCGUAAACAUGGUUUGCCAUAUUUGUUGCUGAGCAAAGGUCGGAAUUCGGGUUCGGUGAAAUCUUAUUUGGUGCAUAGAUAAUGCAAGUGAGUGUAAGAAAAUAAAAGAAGGCUUGGGUAAAAUUAAAGCUUUAAAAUUCCUUGAAGGGAUUAAAUGUUAAUAAAAUAAAAUAAAAAUACUUAAAGUUUAAGAAGUAAAAAAUCUUAGGCUGUUUAAUGCUAAACUGAAGUGCAGUUUUAAAGUGAAAAAUAUAUAAAGUGAAAAUUUCGUUUUUUAAUUAUUUUUUUUUGCUAUUUUUUUAAAUUCUCUUUUGCGCUGUCAUCACCAUUUUGACAACUCUUCCAUGCUUUGAAAAUAUUGCAUAUGUGUUGGAAUGGCGUGGUGUUAAUUUCUUUGUGUGUGGUAAGGUGGUGAAUUCGUUUACAAACGGCUGCCAUCUGACGAAAGCGACAAAGCGAAAAAUAGGCGCGUGUAGCUAUAAAUUAAAGUUAUUGAGAUAAUAAAAAUAGAUGUACUUAUUGUGAAAAUGAAUAUUUAUAUUUUAUAGAAUUCAGUUUUGUGAAAAAUCGGUGCUCGACAUUUAAAGUUAAAUCAUAAGAAGCGCCAAAAAAAAGCAAGUAUCUCUACGAUAUUCUAAAUAUUGAUAUUGCGAGUAACUACAUAAUUUAAUAAAUGAAUUAUUACUGCUAAAAAGUUAUAACUACUCCUUUUAAACAUAUAAAUGUGUGAAAAUACUUAUCAAUGCAUGGAUUAACUAGCCAAAUAAUUAAAGAUUACACGAAGUUUUGAAAAAAUGGGCACAACUGCAAAAGUUUUAACAACAACAAAUACUUUUAUAAAAUCAGUGGCAGCUAAUGCAGUAUUAGCCUCGCAAAAGUGCAGGUCAAGUUGACCGCAACUAUUACAAACAUUUCAACGCUCUAGCGAAAUACCCCUCCCACCGUAUUUUUUGCUUCUUUUGAAAAUUACCAAAAAAUCUUUUUUCCAUCGAAAACUGAAACAUGAUUCUCUUUAUUUUCCCAACAUUUAAAAGUUCCUCGUGAAGUAAAGCAAUCGAGGAAGAUAUUAUGUAUAUACAUAUAUUUUAGUGCGACUAGCUUGCCAUUCGGAAAAUAACCAUCGAUUGUCAAAAAGUUGAACACGAAUAAAUGUCACAAUUGAAAAAAUUAAAUUCAUAAAAACUUUUUAAACCAUAAAUUCAAAACAAUUUACAUAAAACUUAAAAACUGAAGUUCUUUCCAAUAUACAAGUAAACAAACACAUUACAACCGCAUAUUUUACAAGGUGUUUGGCACAAUGAGUCGUUAUUAUACCAACAACACGGGCGGUAGCAGUACCAAAGCUCUGAACUUAACCGCUAGUGCCACUGUUAAAAAGAUGAGCACUCGACGACAGGCUGAGCACGAAAGCGGUUUCUAUGAACAGAGUACGGAUGAUACACAUUUCACUAGUGGUGGUGGUGGUGGAAAACGUACCCGCCAAUCUUCUACCGAGCAGCACAUGAAUGGUGGACGAAGCAAGCGUCAGAAAGUAAACACGGGUACUGCGAAUUCCACAACGCUGCCAGCUGGCGCUCAUAUGGCUGUACAUACCCAAAGCAAGUACACAAGACAGGGUGCAAUUACAACUAAUAACAAGCAAGAUCAACGCAACCAAUAUUACAUCAAUAACAAUAACAAUGGGAGCAAACGUUAUGCACAACCACAAAUGCCUCAACAACAACAACAACAAUCGCAACAUCAACAAGUCAGUAGCUCGACGUCAAAUAAAAAGACAACGGCUAGCAACAAUAAUAACAAUAAUAUUAAUAAUAAUAAAAAUACUUACUAUGUGCAACUUACUGCAAAGAUGAAUGCAUUACCAGUGGCAGAGACUAUCGAAGUGCCUGACAGCAGUGAUAGCGAUAAUGAUGACAAGGCUAAUCGAAAAGCUAAUGGCGGGGGCGCCAGUAGUGGAAUGCCAACACUUAUUGUUAGCGGCAGUAGUAGCAGUAACAGUAAUAGUCAAUUGGCUGCCUCCCAUUCACAACAACAACACCUUCAGAACAAAUACAAACAUGAACAACAACACCAUCAACAGCAGCAGCAGCAACAACAACAACAGCAAAUGAGCGUCAACGGUGCAAGUAGCAGUGGUCAGGUGUCAAGUAAAAAUAGGGAAAGCAACCGCAAAGGCGAACUCGCUAACGGUAACAACAAUGCGGAAUUAGAACGUAUGCAACGUGAAAUUGAAGAAGUUACACAAGUCCAUACUAAAUGUACAGCAACGGAAGAGGAAAAAGUGAAUUUGUCACAUUUCAAGCUGAUACGUGUGCUCGGAACUGGGGCUUACGGUAAAGUGUUUCUCGUGCGUAAGAUUGGUGGCGAUGAUGAUAUGACAUUGUAUGCCAUGAAGGUGUUAAAGAAGGAUACGGUGGUGCAGAAAAAGAAGACAGCCGAACAUACCACAACCGAACGACAAGUUCUCGAGGCUAUACAACAAAGUCCAUUCCUAGUUGGCAUGCAUUAUGCAUUCCAAACGGAUUCGAAAUUAUAUUUAAUUUUGGAUUACGUCAGUGGCGGUGAACUCUUUACGCAUCUUUAUACGGCCGAGUAUUUCUCGGUGGCAACCGUACGCAUUUACAUUGCCGAAGUAGUGCUCGCUUUGGAGCAUCUGCACAAAUUGGGUAUCAUAUACCGCGAUAUAAAACUCGAAAAUAUUUUACUAGAUGGACAGGGGCACAUAGUGUUGGCCGAUUUUGGUUUAUCAAAAAUUUUCGAACCCGAUUCGGAUCAUCGUGCGCACAGCUUCUGUGGUACACUAGAAUACAUGGCGCCAGAAAUCAUACGCGCUGGUGCUACUGGACAUGAUCUCGCUGCCGAUUGGUGGUCUGUGGGCGUACUCACAUAUGAAUUGCUCACUGGCGCUUCGCCUUUUACCGUUGUCGAACAACAAAACUCUCAAGUCGACAUUUCACGUCGCAUACAAAAAGUCGACCCAGUGCUGCCAUCCACAUUGAAUGAUACAGUCAAAGACUUUAUACUGAAAAUGUUACAUAAGGAUCCCAAAAAGCGUCUAGGCGGUAACAAUAAAAAUGCUGCCGAAAUCAAAAAGCAUGCCUUCUUCAAAGGUAUCGACUGGGAUGAGUUGAAGAGUAAAAGACGAAAAGCGCCCUUCAAACCCAAUUUAGAUAGCGAAGAUGACACACAAAAUUUUAGCGAGGAAUUUACCAAACAACCAGUGAUUGAUUCUCCAGCUCCGGUUCCUGUUAAUACGCAUAGAUUGUUCCGCGGCUACUCAUAUGUGGCGCCGCAACACUUGAAAUCGCGCAAAGUGACGCAAAACGUUUAUGACGUUGAGUAUUGCAAAGAGCCGGUGAUGAAUCCAAAAAACAGUCCGCCCACACUUCAAUUGGGUAGCGUUUUGAGCAAUGGCAGCUUCGGCAGCUGCUACACACUAACUGACACCGAAAAGCAUUGUAAUCACGUGGCUAAAGUGGUGCCAGAAAAACUAUAUCGCCCUGCGGAAGUAGAUGCCUUGAGAUCCUGUAAUCAUCGGAAUAUCUGUAAAUAUAUUGAUACAUACCGUAAUGGCUCGAGCAUUUGGAUUGUGAUGGAGCAUGUGGCUGGUGGUGAAUUGCAACAGUUGGUACAUGCGUCUGGUGGUCUCUCUGAGUCACAAUGCUGUGAUAUUUUCCUACAAAUUUGUGAUGCUGUGCAAUAUUUGCACUCAAAGAAUUUUAUACAUGGCGAUAUAAAACCUGAAAAUAUAUUAUUUACCGAUACGCAAAUGAAACGUAUCAAAUUGGUCGAUUUCGGUUCAGCCAGCUACAACUCCAAGGCCGACACUUGGCAAGAUGUGCCUCGUUAUACACUCGAUUAUGCACCGCCAGAAAGUCUUGCAGAUCCACAAUGCACAACGUACUCCAAAGCCUAUGACGUGUGGUGUCUCGGCGCAACACUUUACGCCAUGUACAUGGGUCAUCCGCCAUUCAGACGCAGUCAGAAUGAGCAAAUACAUGAACGUGUCGUGAGACAGCGCAUAAUAGAUGUUGAAAUGCAAACCAAAUCGCCGCGUUGGAAGAAUGCCAAACCUGCAUUGAGACAACUAAUUGUCGACUUUUGUUUGCAACGUGAGUCCGUCAAACGUGCGUCCGUUGAAGGAUUGCUUGGACAUCAGUUCCUGUUCGCAAAAUUCGAUGAACUGCAAAAGGUGCUGUGUCGUUUGAAUCGCCAACGAUCGGAAGAAGUUGAAAACUCUGCUGAUGAGAAUGAUGAUGCUGAGGAAGUGGUUACCAGAGAAAGGGAUGAGGUUGUGGCGGUAGCCGAACUGACGGAAGAAUGUGCUGUCGUGACGACUGUAGAUGAACUCGUAGGCUAUAAUAUGAGCGUGGAGGGUGCUGAUGCAAAUAUGGUGUAUGAAGAUAUAGAGAGUGUUAAUACUGAAAGAAAUGAAGUGGUUGAAGAGGAGGAAGAAGAAGUAGGCGAAAUAGAAGAACAGCAACCAGCCGUGCUGGAAGUUGAUGAACUGGACAACUAUAAGGAAUGGCAAAAACAGCAGGCACAACAACAAGCCAACUCAUCGCACGAAUCCGAUACGCAAUCGAUACACAACCGUCUCGAGUCUGAAGGUGACACAACCAGCGGUCUAGGACGUAGUAAAUCCUCUGACCACACACUAAUCGAACGCCAAACAUUAAGUGUAAAUAGUUUGAAUGGGCUGGAAGCAAGUGGAGAACCAAUUGAGUGCGGUGAACUCAUUGAACUUGAGUGUGUUACUAGCGAAAAGACUGUAAGCGCCGACGAACUGAACGAUAGCAUGCUAGAGGAUGAAGUGGAAGUGAAUGAAUUUGCUGGUUUCGACGAAGACGAAAUUAUAGAACGUAAAAUUAACUAUAUUGAUAUACUACUAGCACAGAUUGAGCAGAAUAAGACUGCUACAGUUGAUAUUGACGAGAAUCAAUCAAUAGAAAAUGUGGCAGAGCCAAUGAAGACUGAACCAGUCGUUGAAAAGACAAAUGGAGAUAUAAGUGCAAUUAAGAAAAGCGCUGGUAUUAAAGCUAAGAAAGCGUUUAGCGAACUGAAAAUGAAUUAUUUGGCUAACGAAACAAAUAAAACGAAUAAUAAUCAAAUGGCAAAACCGUUGGAGACAAAUGAACAAACGCAGGAUCUACGUAGGAAUAAAACAAUAAAGCAACGAAAUGUAAAACAAUUGCGCACACGUAAGCAAUUGGCUGAUAAGAAAAGUAAGACUGGCGCUAGGAGUAAAAAAGCGACAGUGGACACACUAAAACAGGAAAGUGAGUUAGAGUUAGUGUCAAACACUGACGUAGAAGAAGAGAAAAUACGCACUGAAAAAGACAGUAUGAGUAGCAAAUCUGAGUUGACAUUGGCAGUCGAAUCGAAAACCAUACGACCACGCCGUAACCGACGUAGUGUACGCAUACCCACAUACGAUGAUGAAAACAACUGGCUCGGUGUAUCAACGCAAAUGCGUGCGAAAUAUGCGCAACGCUUUAAAGCACGUUAUCGCUUUUUCACGCUUUUGCUAUUUAGCACACAAAAUGCAUUACGCUAUUUCAAAAUCGAACGCCGAUACUACGAAUACCAAACACCAGAAGGAGGGAGUGAAACUCAGCAACAGGAACAGGACACAGCAAUCACUAACACUAUACAUACAUAUGACAUAAAAAGGGGAAAUAAUGAAGGCGAACAAAGUGAUAGGCGUGCCAAUAUCAGUGUGGACACUAAGGAAAUGCUUCCAAAACAACAAAAUAGCGAAAUCAUUACACCCAUAUCAAAUGCAACCUUCAAGGCCAUGACUAAUGCGGAAAAACAAGCGCGACACAAACACAGCCAAAGUCGGAAUCAGAAUGCCAACCAUGGAAGUAACAUUAAGGAGGUUGUACCGUCGACAGCGGUGCAUUUAGUGCCGGUUGGCACGCUACGUACGUUGCGUCAACGUCACGUAUAUAAAUGAUUGGCGCAUCUAAUGCGCAUUAUGGUGGAAUUAGAAUUCAUAGUGGGCUAUAGAUAUGGUCAAUAUUACUAUAUAUUUACUUUUCAAAACUUUUUUUUAUAAAUUCAGUUAUGUUUUCAUUUAAAGCCAACGGGAAUGAUAGGCUAUUGAAGCUUUGCGUGUAACGAAGAAGUGUACAUAUUAAAUGCGUUAAAACUUUUUUUUUCUAAUAACAACUCUUGAAACAUUAAUAUUAUGCAAACGUCAUUUUAAAUGGUUAUACGCAUUUUUGUAAAUUUAUUUUUUCUUUCAACCAGUGGCAUUUGAUUUCUCUUUUUAUUCUGUAUAGUGUGAUUUUGAAAUAAUUUAGUUAAAAUAGUUAUGUCCAAGUAUAAUCCAAUUAUGAAAAUUUAUAUAUAGUUGAAGUGCGCUUAAUUCAUCGUAUUGCCGAGGAUUAAUUGUUAAUUAGUUUUGCGUUUACUACAUUGAGGUCAGGGUUGCAAAUUAUUAGUUCAAAAAUUUUGGAAAAAAAAAUUAGAAUUUUUAUGUUUAAUCACAAAAUCGGAAUUAAAAAUUUAAUUGUUAAUCCAUGCUUGUAAAUUUGAAAUUUAAUUUUUUGAUUAAUUAGUAAAAAUUGAAUCCGGUAUUUGAGGAUUACAACUUUUUUUCAAUCCCUUCGAGAUAAAAAUUUAAGAAUUACUUUAAGAUUUUAGUGAUUACAAAAAAAAAUAAUAGUUCAAAUGUCAAUGUUAAUUUUGUUGAGCAUUAUUUGCAAUCUUGACAUAGUCACACCCUAAAUUUCGUCAUUAUAACCCAGUUUAAUUAGGGAAAUUGUUGUUGCAUUACUUCAAUUGUGGUAAAUUAAUUCAACUGAGUGCAGUGUUUGAAAGUAAAACUCAGGUAUAAAUAUACAACCACAUAAAGCUGCACGAAUCUCAAUUAGAAAUUCGACUAUCCGUUUUUUUUCUUAAUUUUUUGUUUGUUUCUUUUUUGCUUGAAUACCAUUGAAUUAGUUUUUUCUUCACAACGCAUUUAAUCACUAUUCUUAUUACACGCACAGUGUUUACUUUCUAUGUAUGUAUAAACUAACUGUCAAUAAUAUUUUAUUGCAAGUACUAAAACGGUAAUUAGUAUUUAAUAUAAUGAAUACAGCGUUGAAAAGCUUAUUGUACCUAUAGUUCAAUUUAAACGAUAUUUAAAGAUGUGAGCAAUAAAUAUUAUAAUAAAAUAAUAAUAAUACCGAAGAAACGUGAAAAAAAACAAAAGUUAUGGUAAUGACUGCUAUUAAAUAAAUAAGGAACAAAUGCAUAUUUUUUUAGUAAUAGUUAAUUGAGAUGAAUGCGAUUAUACAAGUUUUUAUCUCAAUGAAAUAUUUGCACGAGACCAAAAACAAAAACGAAAAUAGAAUGAAGUUAUAAAUAUGCAUAUAAAAACAAAAGAAAAAACUAAACAGCUGAAGUGGAAAAUUCGCCAAAUAAUAUGAAUGGCGCCUGCAUAGCCAACAAAAAUCGAUUUGUUUACUAUAAUUUCCAUUAAUAUUUAAUACAUAAAUAAAUGUAUACAAUUUGAUCUUAAUUUUAGUAAUAUACGCGGUAUAUAUACAUACAUAUAUGAACGGUAAACAAUAAACAAAAUUAGAAAAAAAAACCUAACAUUUUAGCAAAACCAAACAGUUUUACGUGUCUACAACACAAAAAACACUAAGCAAAGCAAACGGAAUACACAUAAAUACAUAUAUGCGUAAUAUUAGUUUGUAUAUCAAAAAAAAAAAAAAAAUUAAUAUUAAUUAUUACAUACAUAAAAAAAAUUAUUAAAAUUCAUAAUAAAAGAGAAAAUUGAAUAUAUUUAGCAAACGAUUAUAACGUUAUUUAAAUUAUGGCCACCAAAACAGAUACGUAUGUACUAAGUCUAAGUAAAGUGUACUUCUCGAGUUGUCUUAAAGCAAAAUGUAAUGGAGUUAAUUUAAAUAAAAAUUGUUAAUACGAUUAUGCUAGUGCUUAUUAAAGCAUAAAAACAACACUUACAUAUGAAAUUUAAAAUAAUCAAAAUUUUUUUUUAAGAAAGUUGAAAAGAGAACAAAAGUAAAGCUAUGUUUAGUUCACGCCACAGAAAAUGCUGCGAAUUUAUAAUGCUAGCUCAUAUUGUUAUAUACAAUGAGUAUAACUUAAUACACAACAAUUAGAAGUAAACACAUUUGUUUUUAAAUUUUUUUAUUAAUAUUAAUUUUUUUUAAUAAUUUUUUUAAAUUUAAUUUAAAAAAUUUUCUUUUCUAUUUUAUUUAAAAUUUUUUUUUUUUUAACUUUAUUAACUUUUUUUUGAUUAACAACUUAGUCGAUGUAUAAUUAAAAUUGGCUUGUAAAACUGGCAAUUAUAAAAUUAUGGCAAAAUGAAAGUUUUGUGAAAUUUUAUAAUGAAAAAAUUUGACAUAUACGUAUGGACAUCUUCCAACUCACUCACUCACAAGAAAUGACAGUAUACCUAUAUUUCAAGUGUAAAGUAUAUACAUAUGUAUAUAUAAACUUUAUCGUAACUUUCUGUAACAAAAAUUUUUCACUGCUCAAACUCUUUUCUCUUAUAAGUUUCUCUUUUCGUUAAAUAUAAAACGGCUAAGAUUAUUUUCGCAACACACGACCGUAUGCCAUUUUUACCUACAUAAACACAAUUCUAUCAAAAAUUCAAAUUAUUGAGCCAUUUUAGGAAGCGGUAUCAAAAGAUGGCUGGCGGCUACUUUAUUUAUGGUGCUGAUGCUAAAAAAACAAACGAAUCAGUUGCUCACGUUAAGUUUUCGUUGUCUUAAAUCGGUUAUAUGAAAUAUUCCCAAAUCCAUAUAAAGCUCUAAAAAUAUUAUAAAUCAAUUGACACAAGCUGACGCGUUCGCAUAAUUGCAUUUUCCAUUUAUUACAUCUCUGUACAGUUACUUUGUGUAUAGUUGAAUGUAAGCAUCUAAACACCAAUACAAUUUUUUUGCAUUCUUUGCAUACAUACUUUGAAAAAAAAAAUUUUAAAAAUGUUUGCUAUUUUUAUUGCUAUUAUGUGAAGCCUUGUGCAUACAAAUGUAUAACUAUGUAUGUAUAGGGUCCAUACUAUUUAUGUUAAGUCAAACACAGAAGGAAUAUAAUUUUUCAAAACUUCAAUUAUCGUCAUGAAGUCUAAAAAUCGAGUUUUGCAAAUGAAAUUCGAAA